AUGGCAUCUUUAUCAAGUCUUCAAGGUGUAAUUGACAUGCAAUCUCUGCUUAUCUCAGAGCACAAACGUUUGCAUGAUUUUAUGAAUGAUGAGCUUCCUCAGCAAAUAGACCAGGCUGUAAAUGAGCUUAUAUCUAAAAUUAGGGCUCAAGCAGACUCGUUUCAUUCGGCAGCAACAAGUAUGGUUGAAUCUAAAAUAUUUUUAAUUGAAGAGGCUAUAAAGCUAAUAGAAUUUGGCAGCCAGCUCCCAGAUGCCUUGAAUUUUCCUAUUCAUAUGCCUUCAUCAUCAAUUUUCCGAGCCCAUCUUGAAGUGUUGAAUUUUAAAUUUGACAUAAAUAAUUUGAUGCAUCUCACAGUCGGAUUUGUGCAGUCUUCUGCUGACGUAACUUUGCCUGAAAAUUUAAAGCCUGUUAGUAAUUACUACAGAAGGACUGAGCAGACUAUGAACUCAGAAGUCAGACAAAUAUAUAAACAAGUUUUAGAAAGCCGUGGAGAGCUUAACAAUUUGACCUUAAAUAAUAACCCUAAGCCACUUGACUGUCAACAUUUAGGAUUUCUAUUAUCAUAUACAUCAAAUUUAAAAAUUUUGAAUUUGGAUAGUAAAAAUAUUGGACCAAGUGGAGUUUUGCAUUUAGCUAAAGGGCUUAAAGAUUGCACUACACUAGAAUUAUUGAAUUUAAGGUCAAAUAACAUUGGUCCAGAUGGAGCUGCUCAUUUAUCAGCUGCUUUAAGCGCUCUUGAAAAUUUAAAGUCAUUGUAUUUGACUGCAAAUUCAUUAGGAGAUGAAGGUGUUUCUCAUUUAAUUAAGGCUUUUCCAAGUCUUUUAUGUUUAAAUGAGCUAUCUCUUAGUGCCAACAUGAUUACUGUUAAUGGAGCUAUCUGUUUGUCUAAAUCCUUGGAUAAACUGAGCAACUUAGGCUCUCUUAAUUUGUCUGAUAAUUAUUUAGGGAAGGGAGGAAUCGCAUAUUUAUCGAAAAAAUUUGUGAAAAUGCCUCAGCUAGGAAAAGUGUUUAUUGGUGGGAAUGCAUAUGGGUGUGAGAUAGAGGUGCAUAAAAAUACCAAAGUACUUUUUUACUAA